AUGGCACUGGCUUCUCUUGAUACCUCCGCGACUCCCUAUGUUGCCCUGGCUGCUGGAGCUGCGGCUAUUAUCUUCGCCCUCCUGAAUGUUUUACAAUAUUUUCACGAGUGGAAGUACGCUCGCGAUAAUGGCUGCCAACCACCAUUACACACUGUCGUGCGCGGACCAUUAGGUAUCGGUAUGAUCACAGAUAUGCUUGCCGCAACUCGCAAGAAUCGCUUUCUCGAGCUUGUUCGUAGCUGGCAUCAAGAAUUCGGAACCACAUUCAAGGCAAAGAUGAUCGCUCGAACCAUCAUUUUCACAGUUGAGCCCAAGAACGUCCAGACAGUUUUAGCGCUCAAAUUCAAAGACUUUGAACUGGGGGAGUACCGGAACAAGGCACUGCGCCCUCUUCUUGGAGCCGGUAUUUUCUCCACGGAUGGCAGCAAAUGGGAGCAUUCUCGAGGCCUGCUCCGUCCAAAUUUUACUCGCAACCAGAUCACCGAUAUCAAUGUCUACGAAACACACGUCGCCGCUCUCUUGAAACGGAUACCUCGCGACGGAUCCACGUUGGAUCUGCAGGAUCUCUUUUUCCGCAUGGUGAUUGCCUCCGUCAACCCUUCUUUUCUCUGGUAUCUGACUGACCCAUUGCAGACCCUUGAUUCGGCCACAGAAUUUCUCUUCGGAGAAUCGGUCCACUCGCUCAAGGAUGGGGCUUCCACCUCAUCCUCGUCCUUUGCCACGGACUUCAACACUGCUCAAGAAGGAUUAGCCAUCCGCUCUCGGCUUGGUCCCCUCAUGCUCUUACACCGAGACCGGAAGUUCUCCAAAGCAGUGGUCGACGCACGCGCCUAUGUCGACAGGUUUGUGCAGAAUGCGAUCAACUAUCGAAUGGCAAUGGAUAGAGGUGAAAAAGCUCCAGAGGAUGCUCGCAAGCUCAACGAGCAGCAAUACGUGUUUCUGUACGAGCUGUCCAAGCGAACUCUCGACAAAACGGAACUCACAGACCAGUUGUUAAAUAUCCUGCUAGCUGGUCGCGACACAACGGCCAGCUUGUUGAGCAUCACAUUCUUUACGAUGGCUAGACGGCCUGAGAUCUGGAAAAAGCUUCGAGAAGAAGUAUUGACCCUGGGUGGCCGGAAACCAUCGUUCGAAGAUCUGAAAUCGAUGACCUACCUGACAUGGGUUCUGAACGAGACUCUACGCCUCUACCCUGUUGUCCCCAUAAAUGUGCGCAUGGCCAACAAAGAUACCUACCUCCCUGUCGGCGGUGGUCCUGAUGGGAAAUCCCCUGUCUACGUCCGCAAAGGCCACGAGGUAAUGUACAGUGUAUACACGAUGCACCGUCUCCCUGAAAUCUUCGGUCCUGAUGCAGAUGUGUACCGGCCGGAGAGGUGGGAGAAACUGAAACCAGGUUGGGGGUACAUCCCGUUCAAUGGAGGUCCUCGCAUCUGCAUUGGGCAACAGUUCGCCCUGACCGAGGCUGGAUACACCACGGUCAGAGUCAUGCAACACUUCGAGACAAUCGAGAACCGGGACCCGAAGUCAUUUGAGGAAGGAUUGACUCUGACAAUGGCAAGUUUUAAUGGCACAAAGGUCGCUAUGUCGCCUGUCAAAGAUGCUUGA